AUGCAGAAAGGCAUCCGCCGCCUGACAUGUCUUCUCCCGAGAGAAGAACCGAGCAACAAUGCCCGCUCUCAGCAAGAGUCAGCCAGGAAGUACCGCUGGACACGCGUUACUCACGACCCCAUCUCCAAGUCACCCCCCGCGACGACGCCAUGGCAACCUGGAGUCCUGCAGAGGUUCCCAUGGGGCGGUCUCCUGGCAUUACUCGCUUCUCUCACCUCCAUCAUUGCGUCGUCGGUGACUCUUGCGCUUUCCAACGAACGUCCACAGUCCGAGUGGUCGCUCUCACCAUCCGUGGUAUUAGCCAUCUGCAGUACCGUCGGCGUCGCGAGCCUCCACUAUGCGAAGAGCGAGGCGGCCACCCUCUCAUGGUGGAUUUCUGCCCUCCAGGGUGGGACGAUCGCUGACCUGCACCGGCAGUGGGCUGUCUCGACGGGCAUCUGGUCGACGCUGAGGUUCUGGCGCCAUUUCAGCCGCAACUCGCUGGCGACCCUUGGCGUGACGCUUUGCUUCGUGGUUGCGCCUCUUCUGCAACGCGCCAGCUCUGUGGAUUCGAGGCCCUUCGCCCACCCGACCACGGUCAGUCUGGCAGCAGCCACCACCGACGCCAACUUCAACACAGCUAUGCCGAUGGGCUCGGGAUGGUCGGCUGAAUACGCGCCCGUGGUAUUCAUGGCAUCAAACGAUGGGAGGGCCAUCAAGAACCUCUCCGACGGGGCCGAGUACCUGGGCUGCCCGGGGACAUUGACCCAUCGGAGAUGUAAUAUCACCACUGGUCUCGUGGAGUAUCCAGUGACAAUCGCCAAUCACUCCCUGAGCCUGCGGAGCCCUGAGCCGCAAACUUUCCCUUUCUACCCCUUUGCACCGUGGUCCGUCGCCGGCAUCUCGGCUGCUGCGAAGUACAUUCUGAACUCCAGCAUCACGCUGGAGUUGUCAGUGCUAGGCUAUAACUCCUCGUUGGGCCCUUUUGUGACUCAAUGGGACGCAGACUUCGACGGGCGACUGGCUGCGGAUUACAUUGAUGCGGCCAAGUCUAAUUCCAAUUCGUGCGCCAUGAACAUCACCGAUCCGACGGAGAAGGUGCUGUCGGGGCUGCACGAGCUGUUUCUCCGCACGGGGCUGGCUGCCGGACAGGCCAAGCCCGUGCACAUCCAGACGAUCGACGCCGAGGAGACGAUCGAGACACUAGUCUAUGUUGCCAAGUACGAGUACCUGAUCGGGGCCAUUGUGAUCAUGGUGCUGGGCAUUGGGUCGGUGGCGGUGUCCUUUCACGGCUGGUGGCAGCUGGGGCGUCCGGUGUCGAUGAGUCCUGUCGAAACGGCCAAUGCGUUUGACUCGUCCCUGAUGCGGGAUGAGGCCCUCUCCAAUGCGAGUCUUGACACACUCCUCAAGACAGUUGGAGAGCGGCAGAUCAAGUAUGGGGUGGUCCAAGAGAAGGACGAUCCGGUCCUUCGUCUUGGAGAUCCAGAUGUUGUUGUAGCCCCUGCGAAGGGGGAAUGUUUUAGGUGA